AUGGAUCCGCUCUCCAUCACGGCGGGAUGCGUGGCCCUUCUCGGCAACCUAGCCAGCGCCGGCCUGGCCAUCAGCAACUUCAUCCAUGGCUACAAAGAGGCCGCUGAAGACUUCGUCACCAUCACACGAGAGUUGGCUGAGCUGCGCGCGAUUGCUUCGACGCUUCAGCGCGACUGCGAUAACUCGUCUGCAUCGUCUAUCCCAAUAGAGCUCCGACCACAAAUUGCCGCUAUCUUGAAGAAUUGCGAUGCUGUGGUCCUCCAGGUCCAGAGCCUUGUGGACAAGUACAUGGCCUCGGGCAAGAAGGGUGCUGCUAAAUGGGCUCUACGCGGCAGGGAGGAUGUCACCAAGCUGCAGGUAUCCCUCGAGACUCAUCGCAACGCGUUGGGUCUAACGCUGGGGAUGAUCUCAGUCUCCCUCACGAAAGCUGUCAAGGAUGACACGACUGUGAUCAAGGAAGGCAUGGUGGAGGUGAGAGAAAUCGCCGCCCACCUGUUAAAAGGGAUCGAGGCUAUGCGGAAAUUGGAAGGUGAUGAGCAGACCGAUGAACGUUUGGAUCUCGGUGGUCGAUUCCUCAUGUUGGAGAGAUAUCUCGACGAUAUGACCUCAUACGCUGAUACAGUCGUUGGAGAGGAUCUUUGGGAGGAUGCAGAGACUCGGUCUAUUCAUGAGAGCUCGGAAAACAGGCCGAACAACCAAGAUUCCGAGCGAAUCGGACGAGCCGUGGCAACAGUCGGCCAACCAAAUACUACACUAAAGCUUAUCAGCUCCUUGAUAACGAGCCCAAAGGGGGGUCAAGAAGCAAAGCAGCAUUCUAUGGAGUUGGUGGGGGAAAGUCCCGCUUCUGGCAGCAAUCCAGGUCAAGCGAGUGUCGAAAACGCCGGGCAAGCAGACCAACCCGAGCCACCACCCGUCUCGACAUUUGUUCAUCUAGGCGGGGAUCCCCCGAUAAAAUCAGAGAAGGUCAAGCGUGGGACCACCAUCGUUCGAAAAAAGAUGACAGUGAUCGGCCCUGUUGUCGGAAAAACAGCAUUGAUAAGAACUUUUGUCGAGAAGAAAUACCCCCCAGAAUACCUCUUGCCAACGAUAUUUGAGAACUAUGUGGCCGACAUAGAUAUUGGUUGCCCUCUAGAACUCGCCAUUUGGGACACAGCCGGCCUUGCUGACUAUGAAAGACUGCGCCCACUCAGCUAUCCCGACACCGAUUUGUUCCUGCUCUGCUUUGAUCUCGGACACUCGGACCUUCUCAGCGACGUCGAAGAUGUGUGGAUACCAGAACUACGCAAAGACUAUCCAAAGACGCCGAUGGUUCUUGUGGGCUGCCGGAAAGAUGUCCGCGAAUGCCCUCCAGCUGUCGACGAAUUGGGUUAUAAGGAGGAUCCUGUCUCGUGGGCGGCUGGCGAGGCACUUUCUCGGAAGAUCGGCGCUGUCAUGUACAUGGAAUGCUCGGCAAAGACAGGCGAGGGUGUUGAGGCAGUGUUUACUGAGCCGUUCAAGGUGAUGUUUCCAGAUAAGGCCAAGAAGGGUUGGCGGAGUAAACUAUUCUCAAGGGCUUAG